AUGCUCUCGCUCGCCUCGAAGCCAAAGUUUUUCCUCCUCAACGCGUUGCGCGCGUUUUCGCUGCUCUCGCUGCUCUUCGUGUUCAUCGCCAAUAUCGUUAUCAUGGCCCAGGACGUCCAAGCUCUGCGCGAAAAUGCGCACAACAAGGACCACGAAGACUGUGAAUACAUCGAGGGUUCAGGCGUCCCCAAUCAACCAGCGGGCAACUUUAGAGCCUUUUUGAGCAUCUCUCUCAACAUUGUGGAAACGAUCAUCCUCAUCCUCUCCGAAAUCGGUUUCCCAGCAUCUUUCUUCAAGAAAUGGAUACCCUGCUUAGACAACGAGCACAGUCUCGUCGGGCUCGGCGUUCUCGAGCUCUUGCUCGCGGCCCAAAUGAUGAGCCAUUUCCUGGAAACGUUCCCCUUGGUCGCUUGUUUCUUCCUUCUCAUUGCUGGCAUUUUCAACAUUUGCACGAUGUACUUUGACAGGCCCAAGUUCUUCCGCUCGUAUGCAUUCUGGAAGAGCUCCCGUGCUGCCAACGACCUCAAGUCUGUCGAAAGCGGCGUCUCACGCACCUACUCGGCCCAUAACAGGACCAUUUCUGCCGCGCCUUCCAUCUUUACGGAAAAGGAGCACUCAUCGCCCGCCCAUGCUCCUUAUGGAUUUGCACGACAGGAAUCUUCAGAGCCCGUCCUGUCGAGGCCUUUGUCGCCGCCAAAUUAUUCGCCGCCGCAACGACCUAUGAUGCUUGCAACCAAGAACCGCAAUCGAGUGUUUUAG